AUGCCAAAGCAACGAACACUUGUCAAGGAGGACAAAAGGCGCCAAGCCCCAUAUUCUCGCACCCAGGAGACUAGGGCUCCAGCUCCGUCCCGUGCUACAAGGGAUCCAAUCCCCUCUCCUGAACCUUCACCACCUGAACACAAUCCCAAUUCUUCCCCAGCAAAAGCGAAGGGCCAACCACCACCUCCUGUCGCAGAAAGAAAACCCUCUGCCAAGCGUACCAUCGAGAAGGAGCGGAUGCUGGAAGAGAGAAUCGAAAUAUUCAGGAGGGUGGCUGCGGUAUGCGAGGAUCGUCACAAACAAAACGUCCAGAUUGACUGGAGAGAGCGAUUUUGGGCACACGUCAAGGGCGAUUGCGAAUCCUACGAGAAGCAAUUGGAGGCAAUGGAGAAGAGGGGAGCGAGGCCGAAAGGACACAAGAACCGCGAAAUAUGCCGGGAAGCCUUGAAAAUACUUUCAUAUGUUCCUCGCUCUCCAAAAGAUCUUGCACGUCGUCCGAUUUCACUUUCUUCGCAACAGGUUCAGGACAAUGUCGGAAAGCAAUCGAAAGGAGGCUCCUCUAGCCUAGAUCAUGGCAAGAACACAUACCAGCAACCCGAGGCUUCAUCUGGCAAACCUGUCCUGGGCGACGAGUCCAGCCCCGCCCCAGAGCGACGAAAUGCAGAAAAGGAGACGAAGAAUGAGCAGAGGGAACGGCAGCAGACGGCCCAGUUCAGGAAAGUAGCUGAUCUGUGUGAAGCUCAGAGCAAGAAGGGGAUCUCAAUGAAUUGGACGGAUCCAUUCUUAGCAGGUGUCAAGGCCCGUUGUGAACAGGCCAAUCUGGAGUAUACAUCCAUGCAGAUAGGGAACAGUGAGUCGAAAAAGAACGCGAGCCUUGAGAUUUACCGCGAGGCCCUGAGAGUAUUAACAUAUACUCCGCUCUCUCCAACAGACGCUACGCUAUGUUGGAUUUCAGGUUCCGAGGAUCAGCCAGAUGGUCAAACGGGUCGACUGAAGGCAUCGAAUGGGGAGAAAGGCAAGUCUUCAACAAAAGCCGAGAGGGGGGCUUCGAAGAAGAACCCUGUUGUAAUCGAAGAUACCGAGGAAUCGGACGAGGAACCUGCCACCAGCACCGAGAGUCAUGGCCCUCGUACCGAUGAUGAAGAGGCAGACGACGCUAUGGAGGAUGUAGAGGAGGGCUCUGCCGAAAAGACAUCUCCAUUCUACACCAAAGCCCAGGACUACGACGAUGACGAGGAGGCGGAAGACGUAAUGGACACUGUAGAGGACCACGUCCCCGUAGAAACCCUCACUCGCCACGCCGACAGACAAUUGAACAAGGCCGUAACUACCGUAGCCCCUACCAUUCCCACUACCACUCCUCCUCGAGCGACUUCUCGAACCAAGGCAGCGAGGACCUUCCUCGAAGAGCUGGCCGCCGACGCCGCCGAAGCUCGCGCCCUCGUCGCCGGAGGAGGGAUUCCGCGGCGCUUCCACAACUCAACCUCUACCAUUCCACCUCUCACUCCCACACUUGGCCUCGUCGCAACCACGGCAGCUCGCACAAUGAUCGAAGAGCUAGCUGGAGGCGCCGCCGAAGCCCGCACCCUCCUCGCCGAAGGCGGGAUCCCGCGGCGCUUCGUAACUUACGACACGAGCCACAUUCCCGCGCGCCCAUCACUCUUCAACAAUCAGGGCAGCAGGUUCGGGCCGUGGCGCGGGGAGACCUUGCCCGGAACCCGCUCCUACGGCGACGAGGAGGUGAUUGCCGAGCGCAAUCGGAAGAAGUCCCCGGAGUGGAACGGGGAAAAAUAUGUCCAAUGCCAGUGGGACAAGAAAGAGGAGACGUGGAAGGUGCCGGGGACCAGGCCUUUGUAG